AUGGCUCCCCCUACCGCCCCCCUCAACCUCGACGUCGAGGCGAUAUCUGGCAUUUGCGGUUCAAUCUCAAUUGCCUGCUGGGUCGUCGUCUUCUCGCCCCAGAUCCUCGAGAACUUCCGUCGCGGCAGCGCCGACGGCCUGUCGCUGCAGUUCAUUAUCGUUUGGCUGGCGGGCGAUGUUUUCAACAUCCUGGGUGCCGUCCUCCAGGGCGUCCUCCCUACCAUGAUCAUCCUCGCAAUUUACUACACCAUCGCCGAUAUGGUGCUCUUGGCACAAUGCUUCUACUACCGGGGUUUCACCUGGAAGGACGAGGUCGUCCCGCCGGCCCCGAAGACGCGCAACCGCACCGGCGAACCGAACGAGCGGACCGGCCUCCUGCCCUCAGCCAUAAUUGACCGCGAGCGCCGGGGCUCCGAUUGGUCCAACCUCUCCCCUGCCGCGCCGAUGCGCCCCGAGAGCGCACCCGCUCCUCCUCCGAGACCGACGACGACGCUGCAGGCCCUCCUGUGGAACACUACUGCCGUGCUCAUGGUUUGCGCUGCCGGCGUUGUCGGCUGGUUCCUCAGCCGCAAGUACUCCCACCCCGAGGAGCCCGGCCACGAGACCAACGACAACGACGCUCUGGCGUUCAACACUCUUGGCCAGGUCUUUGGCUGGCUCUGCGCUGUCUUCUACCUCGGCUCCCGCCUGCCGCAGCUUCUGCUGAACUACCGCCGCAAGUCCACCGAGGGCGUCAGCAUGCUCUUCUUCCUCUUUGCGUGCCUUGGGAACUUGACCUACGUGCUCAGCAUCUUCGCCUUUGACCCUCGCUGCAAGCACGACAAGUGCGCCCCCGGCGAGGCGAGCGCCAUCUACGGCCGCUACAUUCUGGUCAACCUGAGCUGGUUGGCAGGAAGCUUGGGCACCCUGCUGCUUGACAUGGGCAUCUUUGCGCAGUACUUCAUGUACCGCGCCGAUGAGUUUGCCAGCGACGACGAGGAGGAGGGCGAUGACCAGAGCAUCGACGAGGAUCAGUGGGACCAGCGCCCUCUGCUCGCGCGCGGUGACUCUGUCUACCAGUAA